CAACGCUCUCAGUGUUACACCACCAGGACGGAGCUCACCACCAGGACGGAGCUCACCACCAGGACGGAGCUCACCACCAGGACAGAGCUCACCACCAGGACGGAGUUCGCCAACAACAGUGAGCUGCACCAAGACAGAAGGAAGACGGGAGGCAGACUAUCAUCAAGGGAAGGGACACACCAGAUCAAGACCAGAAGAGAGUAACAAGAUGAAACUGAAGGUGUGUGUGUUGCUGUGCGUGGUGGCCGUCAUCACCGCCGCUCCGUGGUUGGGAUCCCGCAGAAGUUCAGAGUUUAGGUUUAGACCUCCAUACCGUCGCUCGAGGUCCAUCACCCUAGGAUCCAUCACUGGUUUGCUGGGUCUGAGCAACAGUCUUCUGGACCUCCUGGAAGGCACCGAACUUGGCGAAUUGAUACAAAACAUCACAGACAUUAGUGUGCUUGACGAUAUUUUCGCUCCGUCGAAUUGUGGCAGCGUCAACCUUGGCCGUUUGUCUGUCAACCUGAGGCGCCGUGGCUCUCCCAGGCCGCUCUCCGACCCAAACCUCUUUAAAUCUAUUUCUUUACGAUCCGUAUUUGAAGGAGGUACCUUGGCUGACAUACUGGAGGACCUCAGGAACGGUUCUAUCUUCAGGGACUUGACCAUCUUCAGGGGGCUGGAAGAUCCGACGCUGGACAGUAUACUUGAAAAUUCUACACUGUCUGACCUUCUGGGCACCCUUGUCAUCCCCGCCCUCAAUAACGAAUUAUUGGAUGAUAUAAUCAAUGACAUCAACCUCCCUUCUGCGCUCGCUAAUGUCGAACUACCCACUAACUUGAGGUCCUUAAUUCCAUUCCUCGGGAGACGUUUACGAGGCAUAUCGUGGCCCAGCCUCUUUGGGAACCUCGACAUUCCGACCAACUUUCUGUCGAAUCUCUUCCCUAUCCCCCGUCGACGAAAAAGACCCAACUUUACGUUGUUUGGUAGAUGGGGCUAAAGACGUGCACCAAACCCUCAUCAACCUGCAGGGGCGGGCGAGGGGAAGAGCUUCUGCGUUGUAUUUGUCUCUCACCCCAGCCGCUGUACCUUGAGCCCGACCCAGCCACGAGACCCAUACAGGACCCAGCCACGAGACCCAUACAGGACCCAGCCACGAGACCCAUACAGGACCCAGCCACGAGACCCCCCAUACAGGACCCAGCCACGAG